AGUAGUCAUGGUUCGACCAUGACGCGAUAUCCACGCCAAAGGAGGCGUUGUCCUACCGCCGGGUUCAUUCUUUCAUUAAACCGGGGAAUGAGAUCGCACAACCCGUCCUUUUAACUUUACUUUGACGGCAUUCUUUCAUUCUUGUGGGGUUUUUAGCUCAGAGUUGUAAUAUUAUUUUAUCAACAUGAUCAAGAACGGUCACCACACAUCGAAUGAGCAGGAGAUAGAGAGCGGUGCUAAGCAGGGAGACUUGGCUUGCAGCCCAGAGAAGAGGAAGCGCUCUGUCCGGGUGUGGUGUGAUGGGUGUUAUGACAUGGUGCACUACGGCCACUCCAACCAGCUGAGACAGGCUAAGGCCAUGGGAGAUUACCUCAUCGUUGGAGUACAUACAGAUGAAGAGAUCUCGAAGCACAAGGGUCCUCCUGUCUUCACCCAGGCAGAGAGGUAUAAGAUGGUGCAGGCUAUCAAGUGGGUGGAUGAGAUCGUAGAGGGUGCCCCCUAUGUCACCACACUGGACACACUGGACAAAUACAACAGUGACUUCUGCGUCCACGGAGAUGACAUCACUCUGACGGUGGACGGUAAGGACACGUAUGCGGAGGUGAAGAGAGAGGGCCGGUACCGGGAGUGUAGACGGACCCAGGGGGUCUCCACCACAGACCUGGUGGGCCGCAUGCUGCUCAUGACUAAAACCCACCACAGUAACAUUGACAACUCAGACUACCAACAGCACACGGACAACUUUGGGAAGGGUCCUAAGGGCCACAGUCCAUGGACAGGAGUGUCCCAGUUCCUCCAGACUUCCCAGAAGAUCAUCCAGUUUGCCUCAGGACAGGAGGCCCAACCUGGGGACACCAUCAUCUACGUAGCCGGGGCCUUCGACCUCUUCCACAUUGGUCAUGUUGACUUCCUGGAGACGGUCUACAAACAGGCUGAGAGGCCUUACGUCAUUGUGGGACUGCACUUUGACCAGGAAGUGAAUCGCUACAAAGGGAAGAACUACCCAAUCAUGAACAUCCACGAGAGAACCCUGAGUGUCCUGGCCUGCAGGUAUGUAUCAGAGGUGGUGAUUGGGGCUCCCUAUGCUGUGGGUAAAGAUCUGCUGGACCACUUCAAGGUGGACCUGGUGUGUCAUGGGAAGACAGAGGUGUUUCCUGACAGGGACACUGCAGACCCUUAUGCUGAGCCUAAGAAGAGAGGUAUCUUCCGUACAGUAGACAGUGGUAACGGUUUGACCACCGAUGACAUCGUACAGAGAAUCAUCAAGAACCGGCUGCAGUUUGAGGCAAGGAACCAGAAGAAGGAGGCCAAGGAGAUUGCGGUGUUUGAGGCGAUGAAACGCCAGGCAGAGGGAGAGAGGGCCGGGGACACGGCCCAAGCAGCCCAGUAACCAGAUCAAACUAGUUCAAACCAGACCCAGCUGUCCCAAAACUGAUCCUAACCCAGCGUUUCCCAAACUAGAGAAACUCUGAAAUAACUUUUUUUUAAAUUGCGUUUGGUUCAUAGAACUGGGGUUAUGUCAGUAACCUCCGGUAGCUGCUAGAUGGCGUUGUAAUAAUGAGAGCAGUUUUGGUUUUCUUCCUUCCUAUCUUUUGAAUGGUUUAAUCUACUGUUUCCCUCUACAAUACCCAGAAGCCUCAGAACAGAGUGGACAAGACCAGGCACUAAAAUCAGACUGGAGGAAAAAUAACAAUCAAUGGUGUUAUUUUCUACACAGAAGAUCAAACUAAAUGAUUGCCUGAUGAUCUUCUGAACUUCCCAAUACCUUUCUGAUGCAUUUGUCACUUCAAACAAUCCUUCAUAUUGGAACACUGUCAAAUGUACUGUCGACUGAUUUGUAAUAGACGGUCAUAGUCCCAGUUUAAGAACCAAACAUUGGCUGUUGAUUUCAUCACCAUUUUUUAAAAUAACAAAAUGGGGUCGCGGAACAAAAAAGUUUGGGAACCCCUGUUCAAAAUGGUUCAAACACGACCCAAACAGGGUCAGACUGAACCGAGCCAGCCCAAACCAGUCUAGUCCUACUACUUAUACUGUAUGCACAUCCUUUAGUGAAGCAUUGCCUGCUAGCCCGUCCUAGACCUGCUUUACCCCCCCCAGUCCACAACGGGCCAAACUCAUUCCACCGACGGCCGAGUGGCUGCGGGUUUUCACUCCCUUGUACUUGAUUGAUGAAUUAAGGUCAGUAAUUAGUAAGGAACUCCCCUCACCUGGUUGUCUAGAUCUUAACUGAAAGGAAAAACCAGCAGACACUAGGCCCUCCAUAGAAUGAGUUUCCACCUCACCCAAACCGGAUCAGACCAGAUCAAACUGCAGAACCAGACUUUAACCAAGACUCAAACCAAGACGCCUCCUCUCCUUCACCAGCUAAGGAGAACACAAAAAUCACCCUCUCCCCCUGUCAGUGGAGGCUGCUGAGGGGAGGAUGGCCCAUAAUCCAGGCACUUGUCAUCUCCCGUCUGGAUUACUGCAACUCGCUGUUGGCUGGGCUCCCUGCCUGUGCCAUUAAACCCCUACAACUCAUCCAGAACGCCGCAGCCCGUCUGGUGUUCAACCUUCCCAAGUUCUCUCACGUCACCCCGCUCCUCCGCUCUCUCCACUGGCUUCCAGUCGAAGCUCGCAUCCGCUACAAGACCAUGGUGCUUGCCUACGGAGCUGUGAGGGGAACGGCACCUCCGUACCUUCAGGCUCUGAUCAGGCCCUACACCCAAACAAGGGCACUCCGUUCAUCCACCUCUGGCCUGCUCGCCUCCCUACCUCUGAGGAAGCACAGUUCCCGCUCAGCCCAGUCAAAACUGUUCGCUGCUCUGGCACCCCAAUGGUGGAACAAGCUCCCUCACGACGCCAGGACAGCGGAGUCAAUCACCACCUUCCGGAGACACCUGAAACCCCACCUCUUCAAGGAAUACCUGGGAUAGGAUAAAGUAAUCCUUCUAACCCCCCCCCUUAAAAGAUUUAGAUGCACUAUUGUAAAGUGGUUGUUCCACUGGAUAUUAUAGGUGAAUGCACCAAUUUGUAAGUCGCUCUGGAUAAGAGCGUCUGCUAAAUGACUAAAAUGUAAAUGUAAAAUAAUAAUGUCUGGAGUGGAAUAUCUGGAAUGGAGUGUGUUAAAUCUGAUCACUCUUCCAGGCAGAAAGAAAGGAGGAGAGGAAAAGAGAGAGAGAGGAAAGGAAGAUCGAGAAAAGAAUCCAAAGUGUGACUGUGAAGAAAAAGAGAACAUUGAGAGACUUGUGAAGAAGAGAGAAAAGUCUAUGUAGUUGUGUGUGUACUGUAUAUUUAGUAGUGCCUUCUAGUCUGAUCUACCAAAUGGCACACUAUUCCCUAUGGACCCUGGUCAAAAGGCAGCUGACCCCAGCCCUGCGGUUACAGCCGCUGGCCCCAGCCCUGCGGUUACAGCCGCUGGCCCCAGCCCUGCGGUUACAGCCGCUGGCCCUAGCACACAUACAUGCCAGAGUGGACGUAGCUGCUUAGCCUGAAGUGUCCCCACUUGCGCCAUGGAAUAACUGGCUGUUCUGUGGCGUGACCGGUCACACGGGUUUGAGGCAGAGGUCUUGGGUUCGCGCCUCGCUAGGAGCCGACUCAGGAGGAAGGUGGUGCUCUUUAAGCAUGACCUCCUUUACAUCACUAUGGGUUUAAAUCCAGCCCACUAUCUCAUCAAUAAAUAAAAACAGUGUACUGUACAGGGAAUAGGGUGCCAUUUCAGAUGCACCCCUCUGUCUUGUAUGUAACAUGAUGAUUCAGGACUCUGUCAACGUUUUCUUUUCUUGUUUUUAAUGUGUUGGUAUGUGGAUAAUUAAUUUAAAACAUUUCUUAGAGAGGUAUGGACAAUGAAUGGGGGAGUCAAGUGUGUGUAUGUGUGAGAGAGACUGUUUUAAAGGGAGUGUGUGCAAAUGAAAAAUAAAACAAAUGGGCAUGUAUAUUGUAUGGCUCUACCCCUCUAUAAAGUUGCUCUGUAUAUCUGUCAAUUAAUUGUCCGGUGAUAAGAAAAUACAAAAUACUGUACCCAUUA